GAGCGGAAGUAUAGCCGUUUGAUUAGCAUAUCUGGGGACGGGGAUUGCUGGUCAAUUCCUUCUUUGUCUAGUCAAUAUCCCCUCUUAUCUUCCUGCUUUCCUAGUCUACGUUACAGAUAAAGUUAAUUAGUAGCUGAUAAAAGCGGCCAUUUCCUCGCGACUGCGAGCUCUUUAAUCAAUCAUCCUCUUGACGCAAACUACUAAAUUUAGUACCAUUAAUCAUACAACCCGUUCGGUCGUGCUAACACACAAUGGCAAACGAAGACCUAAUUAAGCUUACAUAUCAAGACCGGAUUGCAAUUAUCACUCUCAGCAGACCGGAGAAGCUCAAUGCUCUUAACCAAGACCUCUAUUACCUUCUCGGGGAACGCCUCCGGGAAGUCGACAAACAGGAUGACAUCUUCAUCACCAUCCUAACCGGCAAAGGACGAUUCUUUUCGGCCGGAGCAGACGUCACCAUAACCCGUCCAACCGGUGACCUGAAUACCAACGCCCGCCGUGAGCUCACCCGUUCCUUCGUCGUCAACAAUCUCGACAUCACCAAUACCUUUGCGCACCAUUCCAAAAUCCUAGUAGCCGCCCUCAAUGGCCCGGCAGUCGGUCUCUCCGCUGCACUCAUCGCCAUGGCUGACUUCAUCUACGCCGCUCCUCACACCUUCCUUCUCACUCCAUUCUCCUCCCUCGGUCUCGUCGCCGAAGGCGGCUCCUCGCGCGCUCUUGUCGAGCGUCUCGGCAUCGCCAAGGCCAACGAGGCACUCAUCAUGAGCAAGAGGAUUAAUUGCGAUGAGCUUGUAGCGACUGGGUUCGUGAACAAGGUUAUCACCGCGCCGUCGGGAAGAGCAGAAGACUCGGACGGCUUCUUCGCGAAAGUUCUCGAGGAAGUUGAGGAUCGUCUAGGUACUCACUUGAAUCAGUCUAGUUUACUGAAGAUCAAGGAGUUGAUUCGCAGACCGGAGCGAGAGACACUGGAUCGGCAGAAUUAUCAGGAGGUGUUUGGGGGACUGCAGAGGUUUAUGAGCGGCGUGCCUCAGGAGGAGUUUAGACGGUUGGCUUCUGGAGAGAAGAAGCAUAAGUUGUAGUGGAGUUAGUAUCAGUGCUUUACAUGAGAUGAUCGUCGCAUAUUGUAAGUUUACUCAGGUGCAUGCCGUAUACAAUUGCCUUCAAAACUUACGAUUUGACCAAUGGACAUGACUAUAUCUUGGGCCGUUUCAAGAAUGAUCGUUUUCAACGAAAAUUAUUCUCUAUUGUCUAUGUGUGAAAUACUCCAAAUAGUUCUCUUGCUUUCCCUCUGUCCGAGCGUCGAAUAUAGUGCGCAACGGCACUCUAUUGGAGAUUUGGGCGCACCUCUGCCAUUGCUGAAGAGUGAUCAUUCUGCCUCUAAAUCUUUGGCUUUGAACGUGUAUGUACCCGUAGCUUCCGCACAUAUUGAAUGAAUAGUAUGUUUGACAACGGUGGAAGUAUCUCUAUUCAGCAAUCAAUGGGCGAAACCUAGCCAUUCCGCAUUGUCUGAAUCUCAUUAAAAUAUAUCCCCAACCUUCAUUCCUUUUCUUUUCUUUAACCGUAAACUCUUAAACGCCGUCUAUUUCCCAGGUGAAUUUGCUCCAACUAAACAAGGACGCGCCUCAUUGCUCUCCGUCACUAUCUG